AUGGCCACAAACCGAAUCCCCACCAUCGUCUCUACUCCUGUGAUUGAUUCUGAAUACACCAUUUACGUAAAUCCCCGAAUCUUCGUGAGCAGAAUGUCAUCUUCUUCCAACCUUUCAAUGCUGUCAGAAUUAUGCGGCGUACUUCGCAACAACCCUACCCCCCAGAAGUAUCUCGUUGUAGGAUCGAUGCUAUCCAAUGCCGAAGCGGAGGUAGUUAUCAGAUCCUCAAGCAAGGUUCACCUCGAUGAUGUAGAGAAAGAAAACUAUGUCAUCGCUGUUGCCCAGACCCUUUCUUCCAAUGACAUAGAUGAUGUCAUUGAGAAGAGUGCCGAGGAAGCUCAAGCCAAUGCUCUCAGGGUAUAUGGUGCAUUUAUGCAAGCCUUUACCAUGGUUCUCAUCAUCGAUACAACACACGGUACACAAUUCUUGGCUCGAGUAAUCCCUAUGAUUCGCACCUAUACACAAAUUCUGCUCGAUAGUAUACCCCACGCGCGGAGAGUCGCCGACUAUGGAGACAUAUUCGACGACGAGGUUAUUUUCCUGUGUGCAAAUGACCAACUGUCACUCGAGGCGCGAAAAGUGAAGAUCGCAGAAUUCAUCGCGGAGACUCAGGAAUUCGAGACCUUCUCGAAGGAGAUACGGAAUCGGCUUGAAAACCUGAAUAGCUCAUAUGUCACGUUCAUUGACGAGGUCCGCAGCACCACAGGUGCAGCUGCGCAAAAUGCCGCACCGGUCCGAGGAACAGAGGCCGAGACUGAACACGCAGAUCCGCUUGCAAGAAUUGCGCCAGAUGUUGGCUUUGAUCAUCCGCUGAUCUCCUUGGCAUUCUCUCUGUCGCGCAACCUGGCUGCUUUUUUGACGAUCGGCGGCCUCGUUGGAGUCGGGAGUGAUCAUGGGCUGAAUGCGAGCCUGGCCAUUAGUUCAGCUGUUGCGCAGUGGGGUCGCAGAAAAGAAGAGGAGUCUGCAUACGCGUCAGCGGGCUCAGGACUCAACAACGACGUCAAUUCAUACUUGUCUGCGUUUUCAAAAAAUCUGGAUGGUGUGGGCCAGUAUUGGCUAGACAGUCUAAACGAUGCUCGGGAGAUCGAGGAUUGGCUGCACGACGGUGCAAGUAUGGCGAAAUGGCCUAAUUACAUGAAAUUAAACCUUGAGAGAGGGGUGAAACUUUACCAAGCUAUGUCAAAGUAUUUGAGAGGCUACGCCCUAGGAAUCGAGAACAUGCAUCCGGAGAAAUGGGUAGUGUAG